GUUGAUUGAUCAGAGGGAUUUCACCAGGGAAACAGACCGAUACGAACGGUGUCGUUUCAACUUUCCAUGGCAGCUCCACUAUAGAGAUAAAGCACAAUUUCUUUCUAAAACCAACUGAUAAUGGCGGCGCCGUUCCUCCGAAGCCUCCCGGUUUUCCGUCAAAGGCUCCUCCACCUCCACCACUGCCGCUCCACAAUCAGCGCAUUCACUCUCGGCCGGCCGUGGAGCACCGUCACCGAAUCCACCCGACCCGACGAUGAUACUACCGCAACCUCCACCACCCAGAAUGUUCCGGCGGUGAGUGCCAAAGAGAUACCAAAGCACCACCCGAGGUUCGACGAUCCGAAUUACAGGAAGUGGAAAGAUAAAGAAGCCCUAAUAUGGAGUGAUAUCGAGGACGUAACUUCCAUCGUUAAAGAAAUCCUCCAUUCCGAAAGAUAUAUGGAUGGUGAACGACUUACUCCAGAAGAUGAGAAAAUUGUUGUAGAAAGACUUCUUGCUUAUCAUCCUCAUUCUGACGAUAAAAUUGGGUGCGGUCUUGAUUCCAUCAUGGUGAGUUGUAUAUUCAAUGGUUUAGUUGAUACUUAUCUGUUUAAUUGGAUGGACGUAGACAAACUUCCCAUGCUCUUCCGUCUGGUAUAUAGUUUGAUUCUGGCAUACGACUUUCUGUGGGACUUUGCAUGAUCACAUCUUCAUUAGUUUAAGCCAUGGCGUUGUUUCUCUAUGCUUUCUACAUUGUGAUGUUUGGAUGUAAAGGUGACCUCUCUACAAGUCCCUGCACACUAUUUUACCGCAUGCUGCAUGGAACUUGCAUUUCUAGCAACAUAUACUUCUAAAUAAUUUAUACUUCUGUUGAAUCAAACUGGCUUCAGCAGCAUAUAGCCAGAUACGUUUGGGUUUAUUUGGAAAUGUCUAAAACCUAAGUUAUCACUGGAUAUUUUGCAUUCACUGCCCGUGUAAGUUCAUAACAUUUUGACGUCAAUUCAGGUCACCAAUGGUUAAUUUUGAAAAUAUAUAAUUCUGUUCUAUCAAUCUUAGAAAAUGAGAUACUUUUGUCUUUUAAGGAUUUUCUAGGUAAUUGGAGAGUAAAUUUGUUUUGGGUGGGGAAACUAGUGUUAAGCUUGUGAGAUAGUUUCAGUCAUUUCUUUUUCUGUAUCCUAUCUCUUGAUGGAGAAGAUGCCGCUGAUCUAGAGAUAACCACGUCUGAUAAGGCUUUGCACUGACUCUUUUUGUAACGCCUGUAGGCUAGGAGUAUGAAUACAACACCAGGUCCUUCCCAAGUGGGCAUACUUUUCUGAUUGGUACUCUUUAAUGUCUGAUGUCCUUAAGUUUUGAUUAUUUGCCCGCCUCAAAUUUGGAGAAAAAUUAGCAUACCCAUUACUUGGAAGCAGUUUGCUCGCUAUUUGAUUGCUGCAGUCAGCUUGUACUACUUUUUCACCAAGUGUAUUAGUGAAGUUAAUCUUUAAAGGAAUUUGGUAUUGAUGAAUUGCCCUUUAUUUUUCAAUUGUGAAUAGGUGGAUCGCCAUCCCCAGUUUAGACGAUCAAGGUGCCUCUUUGUUGUGAGAACUGAUGGUGGAUGGAUUGACUUCUCCUACCAGAAGUGUCUGCGAGCUUACAUUCGAGCUAAAUACCCGUCUCAUGCAGACAGAUUCAUAAAAGAACAUUUCAAGCGUGGUAGUAAUUAGGUUGCUGAAUUUGCUUUACGUUUUGGAUUUAGCUUUGCACAAUGCAAAUGAUAUCUUGAUCGAAGCUGUAUAGUUCGCUGAUUUUUCAGUCUGUUCCAUAACUUUCCUUUCAGCGAUACAGGCUAAACCUCAUUUUCCUUGUCAACACUGUCACAAUGAGGUAGUUAUCAUUUAUUUCAAUGGCGGGCAUGUUAUGUUUGCUUGUUGUGGGACAUAAGAAAAGCAUUGAAACUAAUUACUAGUAUAAUUUUGCAGAUCACAACUCCUCUCUCUCCUUUGCUCUGUCUGGUUCACUGUGUCUGUUUACUUCUCGAGUUCCCAUUAUCUGAGUGAUGGGGCAACCUUGUUGUUUACUUGUAAAUGUAUUCUUACAUGGCCUGUGGUGACGAAAUUAGAACCCUAAAACCUUGAGUUGGUCAGGUUAACACUUUGAAAAUCCAGAACAGAGAAGAGGGUGAGAAGCAAAAGCGAAAAAAUAAUCAGCAAAAUGGAGUCUUUCGCUCAAAUUGUUGAGUGGUAUGUGAUCUAACAAGGUUCGUUUUUAAGAGGGGAGGACCCCGCUUACUCCAACCCAAUAAGCCAGUAAAAUAGUCAGAACCAUCAGGCAUACCCAAUUGGAGAAAUUGACCCACUAUUCUCUUAAAGAAGAUUAUAAUACAGAAGAAGGCCAGGUCAGCUGAAUAGUCCACAACAAUGCGGUGCCUUGGCGUGAGAUGAUUGUUUUAGACAUUGGAAAUCUUCAAAAAAUGACUGGCAAAAAGAAACUGUGAGGCGUAUGGAACUCCGAGGCCCAACACCAACAGAGCAGUUUACAGAACGAGAGACGUUUGGAUUAUCGAAGACUGUUGCUGUGUUGUUGUUGGUUGCCCCUUCUUUAUUGUGUUUGCUGUAUUGAGCAGCAAACCUCAGAAGAUUGGAAAAACUAAAAAGCAGAUAUCAAAUCCAUCUUGCAAACAGCCAGCAUGCCACAACGUUUGAUAGCUUACCUUGAACAGUUAAUGCCCUCUUUUAACAAGUUGGCCAUUUCCAAUUUUUUUUUUCUCUUCUUCUUCUUAUUGAGUAAACCUAUCACCCCUUUUUUUAAACGUUUUUAUCAUCCUUAAUCAUCGUAAGAAAGUAAUGUAAAGUACUUGGAUGGAGGACUAAUCAUCUCAAGACCAAUGAAUAUCGAUGAUUUCAUUCAUACGGGCAGAGAUGUGAACUGACGACAUUUGCAGCUGGCCAGCCACCGCACUUCCCCAACCAGUUUCAGUUAUAUCAUUUUGUCUCAUCUUCUUCUAUCAAGGAAUUG